AUUACUGUACAUGGCAUAAGACGCUUAAAUGUUAAAUUAGCAACGACCGUUUUUAUUAUUCCUAUUGGUGGUUCUGCAUUGUUAGCAGUUAUAUUUCCUGCUUUCACAGCGUGGGGAAUUAUACGUUUGUCGGGCAUUACAAAUGCCAUUACAAUAGCUAGAAUUAAUCGAUUUAUAUAUCCAGUUUUUUUGGCAAUGGUAUUCGGGUAUCGAAUCCAAAGACAAACUGCACAAUUAAUAGAAAAUUGGAUGCAAACAGUUAGGGAUGAAGAAUAUCUUAUAGGACGAAGGCUACAUAAUAUAGAACCAAAUGAGCAAGCUGGAAAUGACAGUAAUGCUCGUAAUAAUCCUAAUAAUGCCUCAUUGGCAGCAUAG